UUCGUUCCUUCGUCCUCGUCGCCGCCUAUAAAAUCCCGCCUUAAGUCGACCAAAGUAGCAGCGUGAGGAGAAGAAAAAGAAGCGAAGACAGAUAUCUAGUUGCAAAUGGCAGAGAAACCGACCACCAUGGAGUCGAUGAGAAAGUGGGUCGUCGAGCACAAGCUUCGGGCCGUCGGGUGCCUUUGGCUGACGGGAAUCGGGAGUUCGAUCGCCUACAACUGGUCGCGGCCGAACAUGAAGCCCAGCGUCAAGAUCAUCCAUGCUAGGUUACAUGCCCAGGCUCUCACGCUGGCCGCCUUAGCUGGAGCAGCGCUUGUCGAGUACUACGACCAUAGCACAGGAUCUGGAACAAAGGAGAACCAGUACGCAAAGCAAUUCCUUACGAUGGAUACUCAUCCACAGAAAGAUUAGGAGGGAAUAAGCCGCUCCUUUUGCAUCAUGUGGAGAACAAGUUAACAAGUUAUCAGACAUUUCUAACAAGUUAUCUUUAUUAUUAUUGUUGUUAUUAUGAGAAGUUAGAUCUUCUGUGUCUAAUUGCUUUUCUUUUUCACUGUUUUGUAUUCGGUUUAUUGUGAAGUUAUCAUCCUUAGUAAACAGUGCCAUUCUGCAUCAA